UAGAAACAUAAAUAUGUCUGGACGUGGCAAAGGAGGAAAGGGACUGGGAAAGGGAGGCGCGAAGCGUCAUCGCAAAGUUUUGCGUGACAACAUCCAGGGUAUUACCAAGCCCGCUAUCCGUCGUCUCGCUCGUCGUGGUGGUGUGAAGAGAAUCUCCGGACUCAUCUACGAGGAGACCCGUGGCGUCCUUAAGGUUUUCCUUGAGAACGUGAUCCGCGAUGCCGUGACAUACACAGAGCACGCCAAGAGGAAGACCGUCACUGCCAUGGACGUCGUCUACGCUCUGAAGAGACAGGGCAGGACUCUGUACGGAUUCGGCGGUUAAACACUUGGU